AAAAACAAAUCGGUUAAUAGAUUGGAAAGUAAUAUUCCUACAUUAAAUUUUCUAAAAACAGAUCUCAUGCGAUUAUGUUCUUUUGUUUAAAAUAAAAAAGAUAAGACUGAACAUAUUUUACUUCUCUUGAAGGCACCUUUGAUUCCUUAAGAAAUCUAGAUUCUUCUUUUCUCAUUUAAUUAGGUUCUCUUGCAAUUAAGUAAACACAAUACCUCUCGAUUAAUUGGUCGAAAUAUUUAGAGACUUAUAUGUACCAAGAAAAGGUUUCUUCUUAUGGUGGUGUGAUGAUCUAGAUUCUUUCUUCCCUUCAUAUAUGUAUUUGCUAUUUCAAACAUCUAAACAUGAGAAUUCAAUUUUGGAUCUUUCUACUCCUUUUGCUUCUACUAAACUUCUUCUGUCAAGCUGCAAGGCCAGUGAUGACGAUCAGACCAGAGUCACUGGUGGGGCCACAAGGGAACACGACGUUCUUGGAGGGAACAACAUGGUGCGUGGCUCGACCAGGUGCGACUCAAGCUGAGCUACAGAGAGCCCUUGAUUGGGCAUGUGGGAUUGGGAGAGUGGAUUGCUCGGUCAUUGAGAGACAUGGUGAUUGCUACGAACCAGACACGAUCUUGUCGCACGCAUCUUUUGCGUUUAAUGCGUAUUACCAAACCAAUGGGAACAAUCGCAUUGCUUGUUACUUCGGUGGAACAGCUACACUCACCAAGAUUAACCCUAGCUACGGAAAAUGCUCCUAUGAUGUAUCCAAGUCGGAAGUCUCCGCCGCAAGAUCUCUAUCGAAAUGUAAACCUCGGUGCUUCCUGCUGAUGUACAUAGGACUUUUGUUUCUUAUUAGUCGGCGAGGCUAACACCUUUGCCAGAAAAGUAGAUAUUUGCAUAUCGUUGUGCCGGAAUCUUUUUUCCUUGAGCAAAUUUUUAAAAACCUUUUGGCUAUUGUAGCGUUAAGCUUUGUUUUUGUUCUUACCUUUGUUCAUAGGUUUAGAAUCUUAAAGCCUUAGAGCCUUCCUUACGUCCGACAACAACUAUCUCUUUUAUUUUCAUGUUAAAUAUAUAAUAACUUAGUAGUACUA